AUGGAUUCACAAACUUUAAAAAAAAAUAAUAAUAAUAAUAAGAACGAAAAGGAGUGGGAUGAGGACUCGGAAUCCGAGUCCGUGUCCAGCGAGGGGGAUGCGGGGGGUUUUAAGCUCCCCCGCAACAAGAAGGACCACCGGGUCGACGCCUUCCUCAAGAGGAGGAGGGAAGACCCCGGGUCCUCCUCUGGUGGUCGCGGGGCCUCGGCCAAAAAGGUCGCCAGGAGGCCCGUCAGCGAAGGGUCCGCUGGGGCUUCUGGGGGUGGCGGAGGAGCGGCUCAUCUGAGCUCCUCCUCCGAGGAGGAGUCGGCCAUCGGCUCCGACCGGGAGCGGAGGGCGGACUUCGAGAAGACGGUGGAGUCCGCCAUCAGGCAGGUGGCCCUAAAACGAAAAAAGGCGAGCAAGGACGGCGCCAUUGAGGCCGCCACCGCCUCCAUCACCGCCGCAGCGGUGAGCAACUUUGGCCGGGCUCCCGUGAGCGAGCUGGCCAAACUGCAGCAGGAGGUGGGUCGUCUGACGGCCGCCCUGGAGUCUCUCGUGGAGGAGAACAGGAGUCUCCGGGCGGAGCUCGCUAAGAUGCGCGAGCAGGGGGCGGAGCGCGGUGGGGCCCCUACCUCUUCUGCCACUGAGUCUGAGUGGCAGGUGGUGGGGGAAAAGAAAAAGAAACGGAGGGCGGCCAAAGCGGCCAAAAAGAAGGCCCAGAAACGGCGGCGCAGGGAGCGAGCCGCCGCGGCGCAACUCCGCGCCCCCAAAACCGCGGCUGUAGUAGUCACACUACAGCCGGACGCGGUCAAAAGGGGCGUGUCGUACCGCGACGUGCUCGCCCAAGCAAAGGAGGCGGUGAACCUGCAGGAGCUGGGUAUCGCCUCCGGCCUCCGGCUCAGGGUGACCGCAACGGGCGCCCGAAUGCUGGAGGUCCCAGGAGCGGCCAGUGGGCCCGCCGCAGACGCUCUAGCCGAGAGGCUUAGGGCGUCCAUAAGUGCGGACGACGCCCGAGUCUCCAGGCCCCACAAGUGCGCGGAUCUGCGCAUCAUGGGCCUGGACGACUCAGCUACUGCGGAGGAGGUAGUGGCCGCCGUCGCUAGGACGGGUGGGUGCUCCGCCGACGAAGUCAAGGCGGGCACCAUACGUCCCGACUUCAGGGCACGUGCACCAUCACGACCGCUGAGGUGCUUCCGAUGCCACGUCGGGCAUCAUGUGGGUGUCCGUUGCACCUCGGAGGUCGACCGCAGCGCCCUCUGUUUCCGCUGCGGUCAGCCCGGUCACAAGGCCGUGGAAUGCAGCGCCACGCCGCACUGCUCUGCAUGUGCGGCUGCUGGCAAGCCGGCCGAACACCGGGCGGGGAGCAAGACCUGUGCCCCACCCGCCAAGCCGAGUAAGGGCAAGGGUCGGCCGUCCGUCGUUGCCACCGCCGUCACCUCCGCAGUGGCCACCACCGCAGCUCCUGCGGCCGCCGCCGCCCCCAACGCUGCCGCCGCUGUCGCCGUCGCCACUGCUGCUGCCGCAGCGCCCGUCCUUGGGCCUCGAGAGGAGGAAGACGUGAUGGAGUGCUAG